CGGGGCGGCCCCGGGAGCGCUGAGGGCCGGGAACUGUGUGUGGGGUCGGGAACCGGGAUCUGUGCGGGAUCGGGGUCUCGGCGGGUCUCGGCGGGUCUCGGCGGGUCUCGGCGGGUCUCGGCGGGUCUCGGCGGGUCUCGGCGGGCGGCGGCGCCAUGAAGUCCCGCUUCAGCACCGUCGACAUCCGCGCGGUGCUCGGCGAGCUGCGGCAGAGCUUGCUGGGAAUGAGGGUGAACAACGUUUAUGAUGUGGAUAACAAGACGUAUCUUAUUCGCCUGCAAAAGCCGGACUGCAAGGCCACGCUGCUGCUGGAAUCUGGGAUUCGCAUCCACGUGACGGAGUUCGAGUGGCCCAAAAACAUGAUGCCAUCCAGCUUUGCAAUGAAGUGCCGGAAGCACUUGAAGACCAGGAGACUGGUCAGUGUGACCCAGCUGGGGAUCGACAGGAUCGUGGACUUCCAGUUCGGAAGCGACGAAGCCGCUUAUCACCUGAUUGUGGAGCUGUACGACAGGGGGAACGUUGUCCUCACGGACCACGAGUACAUCAUCCUGAACAUCCUGAGGUUCCGCACGGACGAGGCGGACGACGUCAGGUUUGCCGUGCGGGAACGAUACCCCGUGGACAGUGCAAAAGCUGCUGUGCCCCUGCCAACCUUGGACAGGUUAACUGAGAUAAUAUCAAAUGCACCCAAAGGGGAACAACUGAAGAGGGUUCUUAACCCACUCCUUCCUUAUGGGGCCACUCUCAUCGAGCAUUGCCUUAUAGAAGCUGGAUUUUCUGGCUCUGUCAAAAUAGAUCAACACCUGGAAAAUAAAGAAAAUCUUGAGAGAGUGCUCUCAGCUCUAGAGAAAGCAGAAGAAUACAUGGCACUAACUGACAACUUCAGUGGAAAGGGAUAUAUUAUCCAGAAGAGGGAGAAAAAGCCAAGUCUGGAACCAGAUAAACCAGCAGAAGAUAUUUACACAUAUGAGGAAUUUCAUCCUUUCUUGUUUUCUCAACAUUCAAAAUGUCCCUACUUGGAAUUUGACUCAUUCAAUAAGGCAACAGAUGAGUUCUACUCCAAGCUGGAGGGACAGAAGAUUGAUCUGAAGGCCUUGCAGCAGGAAAAACAAGCAUUGAAGAAACUUGAAAAUGUCCGUAGGGAUCACGAGCACAGACUGGAAGCUCUUCAGCAAGCUCAGGAAGCUGAUAAGCUGAAAGGGGAGCUCAUAGAGAUGAACUUGGCCGUGGUGGACAGAGCCAUCCAGGUGGUCCGGAGUGCCUUGGCCAACCAGAUCGACUGGACCGAGAUCGGGGCCAUCGUUAAGGAAGCUCAGGCCCAGGGAGACCCCGUGGCCAGUGCAAUCAAAGAGCUAAAGCUUCAGACAAAUCACAUCACCAUGCUGCUGAGGAACCCAUAUGUGUUAUCUGAAGAGGAAGAGGAGGAGGAGGAUGCUGACGUAGAGAAAGAAGAAACAGAAGAACCAAAGGGAAAAAAGAAAAAGAAUAAAAACAAACAGCUGAAGAAACCUCAGAAGAACAAACCCUCGUUGGUGGAUGUUGAUCUCAGUUUGUCUGCCUAUGCCAAUGCCAAAAAGUACUACGAUCACAAAAGACACGCAGCCAAGAAAACUCAGAAGACAGUGGAAGCUGCAGAAAAGGCAUUUAAAUCAGCUGAGAAGAAGACAAAGCAGACACUGAGGGAAGUUCAGACAGUCACCACCAUCCAGAAAGCCAGGAAGGUCUAUUGGUUUGAGAAGUUCCUGUGGUUCAUUAGCUCAGAGAAUUACCUGGUUAUUGCUGGGAGGGAUCAGCAGCAGAACGAGCUGAUUGUGAAGCGGUACCUUAAACCAGGGGACAUCUACGUGCACGCGGAUCUCCACGGAGCCACCAGCUGCGUCAUCAAGAACCCCUCAGGGGAGCCCAUCCCGCCCCGGACCCUGACGGAGGCUGGAACGAUGGCCCUGUGCUACAGCGCGGCCUGGGAUGCCAGGGUGGUCACCAGUGCCUGGUGGGUCUCCCACAACCAGGUUUCUAAAACUGCACCCACAGGAGAAUAUCUCACUACUGGGAGCUUCAUGAUCCGAGGGAAAAAGAAUUUCCUUCCACCUUCCUAUCUGAUGAUGGGCUUCAGCUUCUUAUUUAAGGUGGAUGAAAGCUGUGUCUGGAGACACCGGGAAGAGAGGAAGAUCAAAGUCCAGGAUGAGGAUCUGGAAACGGUGUCCAGCAGUGCCAGUGAGCUGGUGGCUGAAGAAGUGGAGCUGUUAGAAGGAGGAGACAGCAGCAGUGAAGAGGAAAAAGCCGAGUGUGAGGAAGCUCCAGAGAAUGUGGAAGCAGCUCUAGAGGAUGUGGAAGCUCCAGAGGAUGUGGAAGCAGCUCCAGAGGAUGUGGAAGCCCCUCCUGAGAGUAACCGUGAUGAGGGCAUUGCUGACCUGGAGCAGGGAGGAGGAAACACACCUCCUGCUCCAGAGGGGGACUCUGAGGAGGAGGAGGAGGAUGGAGAAUCCGAAGAUGAAGUGGAACCUCCGGAGCCAAAGGGAGGAGGGAAGGAGGAGGAGGUGAAUUACCCAGACACGACAAUCGACCUGUCACACCUCCAGUCUCAGAGAUCCCUGCAGAAAAGCCUCCCCAGAGAGGAAGAGCCCAGCUUGAGUGACAGCAAGGCCCAGGGGCGAAGGCACCUCUCUGCCAAGGAGAGGAGAGAAAUGAAGAAAAAGAAGCAGCAGAACAACUCUGAGAACUCGGAGCUGCCCGAGGAGAAGCAGAAGGAGAUGGAGACACAGCCUCCCCCUGCUCCCAACAGCAGCAAGGGUGUUCCAGCCCCUCAGCCCAUCAAGCGGGGCCAGAAGAGCAAAAUGAAGAAGAUGAAGGAGAAGUACAGGGACCAGGACGAGGAGGACCGGGAGCUCAUCAUGAAGCUGCUGGGGUCUGCAGGCUCCAACAAGGAGGACAAAGGGAAAAAGGGGAAGAAGGGAAAGACAAAAGAAGAGGCAGCAAAGAAGCAACAGCAGAAACCCAAGGCCCCACGUCGUGGAGCAGGAGGGGGCAAGGAGACCCUCCCAGCAGGAAUCCUGCUCCACGAGGCACAGGACCCAGCCCUGGAGGAGCAGGAUGAGAAGGAGGAGCAGGACCAGGAUCAGCCAGGAGUGGAGGUAAGUGUUUGUCUGCAGCUCCAUAAGUGUGGAGGCCAGGGCUGUAUUCCCAUGGGAGCCCUCCAGGAGCCCCCCCUGGGCUGUUUGAACCCAGCUUAAUUGUAUUUUUUAAAAGUAACCUCCUUUUCUUCCUGCCCUGCUCAUCUCCACAGCCUCCAUUAAACCGGAGCUGGCUCCAUGGAUGUUUGUCCCUUGUUUUUGCCUCUGGAGGUGCUGGCACCCCCAGGAGAGGUGGCUCUGGGCUGGAGGAUGACACAGUGUGCAGGGCAGGUGGUUCUUUAGUUUAGAAGUUUCUUUACCUCUAAAAUUGCUUCCAACUUUUCUGUAAUGACAGGCUGUGGGUGUUGCCCAAGGCUGGGAAUAAGUGAAUUCCUUUAAAUUCUUUCAUGAAGGAGGAUAACAGUGUCUGUCUGGGGGGGAGCUGAUGGUGACCUUGUAAAGAUGUAACAACAUUUGGGGGUCCCAAAACUAAGAUCCAUCCAAUGAUUAUUUGACCCCAUCCUCUUCUCCCACCCCCCAGCCCAGUUGAGCAGAACUGUUACCUUGUGGAGGGGAGGAGGAGCAGGGGCUGGGAGUCAGAAUAAACCCGUGGGAUCUACCAGGAAUUACAGCACAGGAAUUGUUCUAGAAGUCCAAGUUUUUAAUUGUUUUUUUUGAAGACAGCUUAAAACAUGAUUCUCCCGCUUCUCCACAGCAGCAUGGCCUGUUCCUCUCCCCCAUGUCCCCUUGGAGCUGGGGCAGCCAAGGCAGCCCUGCCCUUCUCCGUGUCCCUCCACCCUUGGGGCUGCUCCAGGGGAGUUCCACAGGUACAGACACGGCUGGGAACAGGCUCAAGUACUUUCAGUUACACUCUCAGGGCAGAAUAUCUGCUACCUAAGGUUCACAAUUGAAGUUCCACAACAUAAAA